UCUGCGCCACCAUCUCUCCAUCCGUACUUGUUUUUAUGUGUUUGUCCGCUCAUCCGCCCACGAGGUGUCUCCUCUGGUCGUUCAGUGGUGUUAAAGCAGCCUCAUCCCGCCUUUCAGGCCCAGGAGUCAUGCUGCCUCGUCAUCUCAUCUCACCAGAAUGAAAACACUCAUUAUGUGUGACUCAGAGGAGGUCACUAAUGGAGGGACUUUUCUUUCUUUUUUUUUUCGUCUCUGGAGCUACUUCACGUAAAGUCACCCUGUACCUAACACCAAACACCUGUAUUCCCCAGCUAAAGCCCACCGAUCAGAUCCAAGCAGGAGGUGAGGUGGUGGGCUCCGCUGGCUAAUGCAGCUCUUAAAUGUCAUCCAGUCUACUGAGACUCUCUCUGAAUCAUUCAGCAUGCAGGUCGUUUUUCACUCUCUGCCAAAGCUGCAAAGGCUGCAGCUUUCAGUGAAACACACACUAUUAUUAACAUUUAUGUUUUCACUCGUUCUACAGCAGAUAUCUGAUUUCUAGCAAUUCAUUUAUGUAGAACUGAUAAGACAUGGAAACUCUAGAGACUUAGAUUUGUUCAGAAGUUGAAUUACUAUUAAAUUUCUUGGGUUAUUUCCUGAAUUUGCAAACUACUGGGUCAAAGCAAGAUUACACAAAAUGUUUACAUUUGACUUUUUUAUCUACUACUGUGACUUUUUAAAUUUUAUGUGACUAUUUUGUCAAUGCAGCAAAUACAACAUGAUGGUCAAGGCAUAAAAAUUAGAUAAUUAAAAAAUAACUUUCAUCCAUACACUGAGUUAAAAAUAGGUACAUUAUUUUUAAAUUUAGUGUAAACAGUAGGGCAGAUGUUAGAUUGGUGUGAAUUAUAAAUGAAUGGAUCUGGCAAAAAAAAAAUGCUAACAAAUACACAUUAUGUCUUUGUAACUGCUUAACUCAACCCUUCCCACUGUAAAGACAAUAUUUAAAGCGAUAGUUCAGGAUUUUUGCAGUGAAGUGAGGUUCUGUUAAAAGCCUCUAAGCAGUUCACUAGAUAAUUGGGGAUUAAGCAGUUCUUAUCCUAUCUGCACCAGAUACAUGAGGAUUAAAUGAUCCCAGGCACUGAAGCUAAUAAGAAGCCCAACAGGAGCUAUUAAUUUGAGUCAUAGUUUUAGGCCUUAAAAAACUUAAUAUGCAGGAUUUCCUGUAAUGUCUCUCAUACACGUCGGAGGGGUGCCUUUUAGUGUAUUGACUGUAGAGUUUGGGUGCUAUUUUACUUUGUGCUUGCAAACCCCCAAGAGAAUGCUGCUCCUAAAGCAGGAUUUUUGUUCUUUUAGAGAAAUUAAAAAAUAAACCUAUUUAGUUGUUUUCCCUAAACUGCAUUUAAUAAUUCAUGUACAUCUUAGAUGUGGAUCGCAAGGGACUUAAAAAGAUCUCAAGUGGUCUUAUAUUUGAUAUACUGAAAUCUUUGGUGGAAAAGGCCAAAAUAAUUAUAUUUUAUGGAUUCUAGACUUUGUGUUACUUUUAAAACUUUUCGUAGCAACUUAGUAGGGUGAUUUAAUUAUGUUCCACACAGGGAGAUCGUUAGUGACACACAGUUUUCUACAUCUAUUUCCAGCUUUAAUAAUCACUGUUUUGUUUUUGAGACGGAAGCUGUUUUUAAUAUAAUUAAAGUUAAGCUCUACUUCAAAAUUUUUCAAUUAUUUCUGUAUUAUCCCAUUAAAAUCCACCACUUUACUCACAAUCCUGGCCAAUAAGUAACUGUAUGGUAAUUAUCACAUAAAAACAAGAUCUGUAUAACAUUGGUGCUUAAUAAAUAAUUAGAUUUUUCUGCAAUCCAAUCCUGCAACAUAUACUGUGAGUGUAGAAAUUGGCUAGCAAAGCCUUAGAUUGAAACAGGAUGAAAACGCAGUUAUAGAAAAACUGAUUUUUUCAAAUAAAGCAAAUGAAGUUUUUCAUCAAAUCUAGAUUUACCCUGCCUACUUUUCAUCCAACUGAUUGCAGAAACAUUAUGCUGCUUGCUAAUGAGCUGGAAACGGGGUGAAGUCUCCCCUGACCUGAAAAUAAUAAAUGAACAAACCUGUCUCAGCUUUGUUUUCGUUUUUCCUUUUCUUGCAACAGUCUAGCUCAUCGCCCACUCUUUGCAUCUACGAUCUUGUUAAAAGAGAGAAAUGGAGGGAAACGGAGAAAGUGAAAAGAGCAAAGUGACCACAUCUUCAUUCAUUUCCAGCUAUGUUAUCUGGCUGCAGAUAGAGUCAUUACCUUUCUUCCUCCAUCUGUCCGUCAAUACUAAGGUCCAUUAAGCCGAGCGGUGAGCACUCAGAUCCAUCACGGCAACGGACAUUUCCUCUUUUGCUGCUCACACUUGCCCUUUUAUUAGAUUGAAACUCAGGUAAUGCAUAUGCUCCAAAAAUAGCCAUCAUUGUGCUGUCUUGCUAAAUUACAUGUUGAGGAUAUUACUGUUUUGUAAAUCUCUGCCAUCGGGGGUCUAUUCAAAUAAUCUAUUAGAACUCAUUGACUCAUUUCUCAUUACACAUUACGCCUCUGUUAUUUCCAUGUGACCAUUCUCACCAGUGAUUGCUCCUCUGUGAUGUGCUAGGUUACCCUCUGUCGUCUAAUGAAUUACAAAACACCGCAUCCAUACGUACUGACUGAAUUUUGGGAUCGUGUUUUCCCAUCCUCAUAAUGUCCCAAUCAAUGCUGCAUGGCUGUUAAAAGAAAACGUGGACCAUUAUACAUCAAUUUGGCAGAGCAAAGACCCCUUGUUGCAAGCUUGUUUCCUUCACCAUGUGCUCUAAACUCAUUUGUUCUGUUUGUGUGUGUGUGUGCAUGUGUGUGUGUAGCUCUUUGCUGGAGCAGAAGGAGGACUUGCGGAAGAGACUUUCCUACACAACACACAAGCUGGAGCUGCUGCAGAGCGAGUUCGACUCCACCAGGCAGUACCUGGAGACGGAGCUGCGCCGAGCACAGGAGGAGCUGGACAAGUUCACAGACAAGCUUCGCAGAAUACAAAGCAGCUACUCGGCACUGCAGAGGAUCAACCAAGAUCUGGAGGAAAAGAUCCACAAAGAUUCGCAGCACCACGAAGAUGAGAAACGAGCUCUGAGCAGAGAAAUCAUCGUCCUCAACAACCACCUGAUGGAGGCCAAGCUCACCAUAGAGAAGCUGCAAGAGGACAAUGAGCUGUACAGAAAAGACUGUAACUUGGCUGUUCAGCUGCUGCAGUGCAACAAGUCUCUGUACAGAGCCCAGCUCUCCGAGCUUCCUGCUGACUGUCAGGAGCGCCUGACCAUGCAUCUGGAAGAAUCUCCUCUCUGCCACGACUACCCUGACUCUACUUCCCUCAUUGCCAACGUGCUUGAAAAGCCAGAUGAGGCCUGCAGCAGCCAGGCGUCCCGCUCGCCCAGCCCCCAAACCCAGAACCAUACGUUCAUUCUCGAGAGACUCGGGCCAGGAGAGCGCCUGGGGCUCAGAGCGGCCUACAAAUCCGACCUGUACAGCAGUGACACGGCUCUGUACUGCCCCGAAGACCGUCACCGCGAGAGGAGGCCCAGCAUGGACGUGCACGGCCACAGGACGUUCCUGUAUGGCCCACAGAACUCCACCGACAGCACACCGGAGGAGGGUUCUGUGGGACUGCAAGCCGGGUUCUCCCAGGAGCAUUUUCCCAAGUUCCCUGCAGCGCUGGCUGGAGGCUCCAGCUCUUACUCCAGCUUCAGUGGAGGUGGCUCGGAGGAUAAAGGCAAUGACCCACCCAGUAGUGCAGCUUCCUCACCACGUCAUCAAUCCCUCUACAUGGAAUGGAGAGAUGCAGGGGACUAUGAGAGAAAGAGUGACUCAUCCUGGGAGAGGGACAGUCCAAGGAGCUUUGGGAACGCUCAUCCUUUCCAACAGACUGAGCUGAGCCACCAUCAGAACGGCAGCUCGCCGGUCUACAGCCGCACCAUGUCCUCGUGUUUCAGUGAGCCGUACGAGCCUCUGCCUCCAUCUUCCUCCCCAAGUGUCGCUUACGGAGACAGUCGCCGAGGCAGCACUUUAGCCCCCGAGGAGGAAGAACUGAUUGGUAGAUGGAGACAGCUUAGUGUUGAAGACUUAAGCGCCCACUCAUACCGCAGUCCAGGAAGAGCCUCGCCUUACAGCUUCUCAGAGCAGCACUUUUCCAUCCGCCCCGCCAAAAUCCGCCUUGGUCCACUCUACAGCAGCUUCCAGGAGGGCGCUGACUACUACCAUCAUGGUGCAGAUGCCAUGGAUCCGGUGUGGGUCGCAGCCAGCCCCGAAUGCAGCCCCGGACUGCGGCAAGCACACAGCCAAGCCCAUCUGUACCGAAGUGAGGACAGCCAGGGGUCAGAGCACAGCCUCUACCACUCAGGGAGCUCCAAAGACAGGGAGGGCAACGUUGCAGCUGGAGGCCAGAGCACAGAGUACGUUGACCCCAGUCCCAAUAGCUCCACCGAGUCCCUCAACCAGAGGUCCCUGGAGAUGGCCGCAGAGCUGCAGCACUAUCAGGUUGAGAUGCACAGCAUGCCCGCGCAGGCAAGCCAGCAGCCGCCACCGACUCCACCGCCUCCUCCUCCUUACAACCAAAAAUUUGGCUCUUUGGGGCUUUCAAGGAAGGACAGUCUUACAAAGGCCCAGCUUUACGGAACCCUUCUGAACUGAAGGACUUUCAAAUGAGGUUGAAACCUUUGAUUCGACUAAACACACAAGGCCUUGGUGCACUCGAGUUAUGUUGCUGCUACCAUUUAGCUGAAAAUGGUUCGAAAAGCAGCCAGGUACCAAAUGGUUCACGCAGAUGAAACUAGUGGAGAUUAUUUAGGAGAGAUGAUUACGCGAUAGAGGAUUGCAAAUAUUUUUGGGGAAGUUAGCCACAACUAAGGUGGAAACAGGCAGAGAGGAGUUCAUGACAUUUUAAAAUGUAUAUGAAUGUGUAUGUAUUUACGUUUCAAAUGUCUAAAAAAGCAUAAUAACUAAGAAUUGAGUGAUAUAUUUUAUAAGUAGUUGUUAGCAACAAAUUUAUUUGAAAAGUGCAGUUCUUAUUUAUAAUCCUGCAAGUUGUAAAUAAAUUUAAAAACUGCUAGUGCCAUGUCUGAAAGCUCAGAUUUGAAUCGGAAUAAGCUGCGCACAGAUUCGUUUCAGUCGUUAUUUUUAAUCAGCUGAAAGAAUCUCGGCCUUUUGAGGAUUUAAUGAAGAAAUCGAUUACGAAUUAAUUCCUUAAAUGACAAACGAACAUUUCUCUUACUUUAAUUGAUUUUUAGCAGUAUUGAUGGGUGUGAUUUCUUGUUAUUGAUGGAACGUUUUGAGAUGUAAACAUCUGUCUUAGCGGUUAGUAUUUAUUUACUAGAUUUAUUUGCACUUUUGUUGUCUCUUUGAGAGGUUCUCCUGCCCCAGUUCUACCUCAGAUUUGGAUGCCCACACCCACCUAAGCCUCUGUAAGUUUGUUUUUUAGACAAUGAUGCAUGGUCAUAUACUUUGUUGUUUUGUUCUCUUAAUAAAGCACAAAUUAUAACUUCAA